AAGGCAGGUAUUCUCGCAAACUGCAAGGAGCUCUGUCGUCAGCAGUGUGCGCCGGAAGUGUGUGCGGUGGAGGCGUCUUGUUUUAGAGACUAAAAGAAAUGGCAGCUGUGGAUAUCAGAGAUAACUUACUUGGCAUCUCCUGGGUGGACAGUUCCUGGAUCCCCAUAUUAAACAAUGGAACAGUCUUGGACUAUUUCUCCGAGAGGAGCAACCCGUUCUACGAUCGAACGUGUAACAAUGAAGUGGUUAAGAUGCAAAGGCUGACACUCGAUCAUUUGAAUCAGAUGGUUGGUAUAGAAUAUAUUUUACUUCAUGCUCAAGAACCAAUAUUGUUCAUCAUCAGAAAACAGCAGAGGCAGUCUCCUACACAGGUGAUUCCACUGGCAGAUUACUACAUCAUUGCUGGAGUGAUCUAUCAGGCACCAGACCUAGGAUCAGUUAUCAACUCCAGAGUACUAACUGCAGUGCAUGGGAUUCAGUCAGCAUUUGAUGAGGCAAUGUCCUACUGCCGUUAUCACCCAUCUAAAGGCUAUUGGUGGCACUUUAAAGACCAGGAAGAAAGAGCAAAAGACUGGAGAAAAACCUGUACCAGUGGAACAAAUAAAGAAGGAAGCCGAACCACCUGCCGAAACUAUAAAACAGGAAGAAAAAGAGCCAGUGAAAGUAGCCCAGCAGGGAGCAACUCCUAAGGGGCCCCCAGAAAAAAGAAUGAGGCUACAGUAGGAGGCUAAGCAAUUGCCUUACAAACUCUAUGUAAUGGACUGAUUCCAAUACCAUCAUUACUAAAGCAGGAAACUGGCUUCAUGAAAUCCCAGCUUGUUGCAGGUUAUAUAUGGACUCCAGUGGUACUGCAUUUGUUAAUACCUGUAUGGGCAUUUUGGUCCCAGAGGCAUCUGCAGUGUGUGGAGGGUUACAGACCAUAAAAAUAUAUUUCUGAAUUGUAGUUUGGAUGUAUAGAAUGUGUCUUUUGAAUGUCUUUUUUGUCUUUAUAUAAAAUGACCAUUUUUUCUAAAUAUAAACAAAUUGAACACAAAUGAAAUAACUCCCGUCUGUACUAAAAAGAAAAUCAUGUAGCCUAUAUUGCUUUUUCUAAGGAAAAGGAAAGGUUCUAUCACUAGGGGGAAGGCAAAAUUUUUGGCACCCCCCAUUCAUUUCACUUACCUUAUACCCCAGGUUCGUACUCCUGGUAGGAGAAAACUGCACCAGCCUGGGGUAGCUGCGAAUGAGCGAUCCUCUUCCUCCUGUCUUCUUUUUCUGCAAUUCCAGGGCCAACACAUGUGCAUUAGAGUGACUCUGCUGCACAAGCGGCGCAAAGACAGAAGGAAGCUCUUUUGCUGAUGCAGAAAGAGUCUCCUGAUGGUUUCCUUCUCAGUCUUAGCAAUAAAUAAACUAGGAAAUUAAAGGUUGGUAAAUGUAACUAUUGUACAUUUCCCCAUCAGUCCUACAACAAGCAGAGGGGCACUGAUGGGGGGAGGGGUCUGUAAAAACUGAUGUAUUUAAUGUAUAAAUGUUACAAACUCUGCAAUAAAGUCAGCUCUUUGUGAAUUAGACACAGA